CUAAGUAAGAUUCAAGGAGGUGGCAAAUAAAAGCUGUAAUCUCUGUCAGAUUCUGGCACUGAGAAGUGGCUGUGAAACAUGAGUGAUUCUAAGGAAAUGGGGACGAAGCAGCUUGGCUCUCUGGANGAGAAACUGCUGACAUCCAGCCACACCAGGCACUCCAUCAAAGGCUUUGGCUUCCAACCAAAUUCUGGAUUCAGUAGCUUCACAGGGUGCCUGGUCCACAGCCAUGUCCCCUUGGCACUGCAGGUGCUCUUCCUCGCUGUUUUCUCUGUGCUGCUGGUUGUCAUCCUUGUCAAAGUCUACAAAAUACCGAGUUCUCAGGGACAGGAGGAGUCCAAUCAGAAGAAUGUCUACCAGGAACUGACCCNGUUGAAGGCUGGAGUAGAUCGCCUAUGUCGCUCCUGCCCCUGGGACUGGACGCACUUCCAAGGAAACUGCUACUUCUUCUCAGUGGCCCAGAAGUCCUGGAAUGAUUCUGCCACUGCCUGCCACAAUGUAGGGGCUCAACUUGUGGUCAUCAAGAGUGAUGAAGAGCAGAACUUUCUACAACAAACUUCUAAGAAGAGAGGCUACACUUGGAUGGGGCUCAUUGACAUGAGCAAGGAAUCUACAUGGUACUGGGUAGAUGGUUCACCUCUGACUCUCAGUUUCAUGAAGUAUUGGAAUAAAGGAGAACCCAACAACCUGGGAGAGGAAGACUGUGCGGAGUUCAGAGAUGACGGCUGGAAUGACACCAAAUGUACUAACAAGAAAUUCUGGAUCUGCAAAAAGCUUGCAACUCCCUGCCCUAGCAAGUGAUGGCCAACUCCCUCCACCAUCUCCACAGUUCCCAAACCCUGCCAGAUGGCAGAACUUCACCCAUAGCUAUGCCAGUUUAUUCUACUUUGUCUGCGGCCAUUGANAAGACCUUGACAAGAUCUGUAAGACUUUUCUUGGGCAGGUAGCUUGUCUCCUGCCUGGACCAUUGUCUUCUGAUGUCUGCAUGGUCUCAGGUUCUCUUUGGGUUAGUGGUUGUGGCUCUGGUCCACCUUCNUUUAAUGAAGUGAACAGACAUGAGGUGUAUACAGGUCUUUAACAGGGUUCCUUUCAUCUCCUCUGUCUUCCUUUCUGAGUUCAGACCACAGAUUGCCAUGUGCGUGAUUCUGAGUACUCACACNUACUAAAUUUUCACUCAUCUACCCCGCAUGCCUUUCUAUGGGACCCUUCUCUGAUUUCAGGAGAUCAACCUAUAAGCUAAAAGCACAAGAGAACCAAUUCCUUAUCUACUAGUCCUGAUCUGAAAUUAUUGUGUUAAUACCCUGACUCCAUCUCUACCCCUUGGUGGACAUGGUGAGCCUCAAUGUUAUAGACCUCCCAGAUUUUUUGGAGGAUUUAUAAUUUUUACUGAAUUUGCUCAUUAACAAUUGUAUACAUAUAUAUGUAUAAGUAUAAAUAAACAUUCUGAUUAUUGCCAUCCU